GGUUGCACAUCAUAUGCAAUUAGCCACCUAGGAUGGCUCUUGCAUUGGAUCUUACUCGAAAUAGCUGUCAAAAUAAGGUAAGUAAGUAAAUAAAUAAAUAACCGCGGCUCGAAACAAACCGAGCGCCGGUGCGGUGGGAGCGGCAGUGGGGCGGAGCUGCUGUGCGCGCUCAGUCGGCGCGCUGCGUUCCUAAUCUAAAGCGCGAUUUUUACAAGAAAGGUUACCUCUCCCGCGCCGGUAACCUAGAACAAGCAAAGAAAACGAGCCCAUUGGCCAACACAGUACCACACGAGAUGCCGCGAGCGCUGCGUUGCAUUUCGCUCCGGACAGAUGCUAUCAGGGGGUGGAGGGAAGGAUUAUGGUAUUUCUUUCUUUCGUUUUUUUCGUACAUAACUUCUUAAAACUAACGUUUCGAGUUCAGCUCUGAGCGCUAUGCACGCGCUUUCUUUUGCUCCCGCGAACGCAGUGGAUUUGGUGGAUUACUCACUUGCGCACGACGGCUUUUUUUGUGCUAAUUAACAAAAUCUCAUCUCAAGAGGACGCUAUUGCAUUUUAGAAUAAGGGAAAAAGAGCAUAGACUUAAGAAGGAGAAAAUAUCGGAGUUUGAUGCUCUCUGUCUAGCAGCCCAAACGGUCCCGGCGUCUUCUCGUCCUUUUUCUGUCUCUCUUCCCCACAUUUAUCUGUCUCUUUUUAUGUGGAAUAGCUGAGUUGGAAAAUCUCUUAUUACUGCUGAUAAUAGACAGACCGUUCAGUGUCGGUAUUGUUUUCUUCUUCAAGAAUGGUGAGUGAUCAAUGGGGAGUGAACAUGAAUAGCUCAUCGGAAGUCGAAGAUGGACAUGGACAGCGGGCAAAAUCGCAGACCUUCUGCGAGUGUGUACCCAGCACGUCGCAGCUCAAGCACCGCUGGUCUGACUCAGACACAGUCAGGCAAACAGCUCCCAAGAGGAUGAGCUGCAGUUAUCUGCUCUGCACUAUCCUUCUUUUCGUGGCUGUCCUGCUUGCCAUUACAGUAACGGGCACCAUUCUCUUCCUGAACCACUCCCAGUCUCCGCCUAUUUCAGACGGCCCACCGCAUAUCACCACCAAUCAGGAUGAGGCCAACGCCCUGGUAACAGUCGAGCGGGGUGACGGCUCGCGUAUCAACAUUUUUAUCGACCCAAACUGCCCUGACUACAACAGCAAUUUCCUGCGAUUGGAAGGAGUGCAGACCUCCCUACUCCACUCGCUUACUGAUCAUGACUCAGACCUCAAGUCAGUCAAAGGCCAGGACCGUGCACUAUUGGUGAACCUUGCUGAAGAGGUGGCAAAGCUCUCAGCACAUGCAGGCCAAUUGAAGAUGGACUACGAGUCUCUGAGUAGAGGGCAAAACAACUUAGGACAGGACCUUAACACGCUGCAAACUGAACAAGGAAAGCUUAUACAGCUGCUCUCAGAAAGCCAGCUUAACAUGGUGAAGGUGGUGAACUCGGUCAGCGAUGCCUUGAACUCCAUGCAGAAGGAGAAUGGAGGCUUGAAGGCUCGUGUGAAAGCUGACCUGCAGAGAGCUCCAGUAAGAGGAUCUCGUUUCAAAGGCUGCGCUAAUGGCUCCCGUCCUCGUGACUGCAGUGAUAUACAUGCAAGUGGUCAGCGGGAAGAUGGUGUAUAUUCUGUGUUUCCCACUCAUUACCCUGCGGGGUUUCAGGUCUACUGUGAUAUGAGCACGGAUGGAGGGGGCUGGACUGUGAUUCAGCGCCGAGAGGAUGGAUCUGUGAAUUUUUUUAGGGACUGGGACUCUUACAGAGAGGGAUUUGGCAAGAUCACAGGAGAACACUGGCUUGGUUUAAGACAGAUCCAUGCUUUAUCUAUCCAGGCAAACUAUGAGUUGAGGAUAGAUCUGGAAGAUUUCGAAAACAGUACAGCAUUCGCCCAGUAUGAUAUGUUUGGGGUUGGACUGUUCUCAGUAGACCCUGAGGAUGAUGGCUAUCCACUGACCAUUGGUGACUAUACUGGCACUGCAGGCGACUCCUUGCUGAAACACAACGGUAUGAAGUUUACAACCAAAGACCGUGACAACGAUCAUUCCGAGAACAACUGUGCGUCGUUCUACCACGGUGCAUGGUGGUAUAACAGCUGCCACAUGUCCAACUUGAACGGCCAAUACUUGCACGGUCAACACACCUCUUACGCCGACGGAAUUGAGUGGUCGUCUUGGACUGGCUGGCAGUAUUCACUCAAAUUUACUGAAAUGAAGAUUCGACCCACACGUGAGGAAAGGGAGAGCAAGUGAUCCAAUCAAAAACAAUCAUGGAAACUGAAAAUAUUGGAAAACAUUUAGAAAAUAAUGCAUAAAAAAUGUAUAAGAAACUGAAACUAACUAUCAUUGCUGACUGUGAUUAUGACAAGGAAAGAUCCUUUUUGUCACAAUUGUUUUUUUUUUUUUUUACGUUUCGUUUUGUUGCCUCAUUUUGAAGAGAAGUCCCAGUUGAAGUGUAUUGUAAACUCCACUGGAUUGACUAGUCAAAGAUACAGAGCAUCCAGAAGAAUCAGGAAGUUUCUCAAUUCAUGAUAUAUCUCCUCAUAAUGCAGUCUUUUCCACUGAGAGGAAGGAGUUUUGGUUCUUCCUUUAGGAAUGCAGGAGCUUUUAUUAAUCCAAAAAAAGAAGAAUGUCAAGAAGAGUGUCACAAAAAUUGGGCUAAUUGGCAAAUGAUAAUUAUUAGUGAAAUAAUGUAUGGAAAAGAACAUUGGGGGAUUGUUGACAGAUUGAGUUAUCGUUUUUGGCAUACAUGCAUAUAUUAACGUUUGCUUAUCACAAUUACUUACUGAGCCAGCUUUUCA